AUGGACGCAGCGUUCGUUAAUGCCAGUGCGCUACAUGUAAGAGCUGUAGCUGAUAAGAUAUUACCCACCCCUCUUGCCCCGCACAUGUCGAUCUCAGAAGACAAACGUCUGUUGCAAGACGUCCGUCUGCUGUGCGACGUACGUCGUUACCACGCGUACGCGGCUCUGAACGCGAAGAACCAACUGCGCGCGCCCAGCGAGUGGGGCGUGGUCUUGAGGCCGGAGGCGGAGCCUUUGAUUGGCAGCACGGCGGGCGGAGCAGAGCAAGAGAGGCGGCGCCUGGAAGGGGGCGGGGCCGCUUCAGGGGCGGAGUUAGAAGGGGCGGGAGAGGGUGGAGGCAGGACGACGGAUAAAGGGGGCGGAGGAGGCGAAGCGGAACAGUUACGGUGCCUCGCAUGCGAUUCGGAACGGGUGCGCAGCUGUUGGGUCACCGCGAUGAGGCUGGCAAAGUCAUAA